UUCUCAUUCUCUUAUUGGAAUUGCAGGUAUCAGAUGCGCGCGUUGUGUUCUUUUUUCUUCAAUUAAUAUUUUAGUGACAUUUAAAAAGAAAUACAUUGUCCAAAAAUCACAAAAGAAUUAAAUAUUUUGAAAGUUGAAUAAAUUAAAUGUAUUAAAAGCGUGAUAGUAUUUCAUUUUUCCAAAGUAAUUUGGAAUCGAAAAUUGCAUAGAGUUUUGGCAAACACCUUUUCAAAUAAGGCAAUAAACAACAAAAAAGCAGCGAGCACGCGGCGUUGUGUCUUGGAAUUUAUCUUUGGAAUUAAUUUUUGAAAUCGGCAAAGCACAGAUAUCAGUUGGGGAAAAUGUCACAAGGUGCAACUUUGGAUCAGGCUGGAGAUCAUCAUGUCCAUUUCGAUGUGACCAGCCUAAAGGAUGAUUUCGAAAACGACAGCUGUGUAACGUAUCAGCGGGCAGGCGAUACAAUCAUUGUCAGUCUCGGUUUUCUACAGAUCAAUCAUCGUUAUACGAUAGAUUUGAAAUUACCCUGCAAUCUGUUUGGUGAUGUCAGCAGCACCCAGUUCAAGCCGGAUGUUACCACAGUUCCUAAUCUGCAUUGCCGGAUAACAGAGUUCUCGGGCGUUAAACACGAUGAGCAUGAUUGCUAUGAAAUGAAAAUCGAGUUUUUUGCCUACAAAGAGAAACUAAUGCGUGAAACAUUGCACAUUGUCAAUUCCAAUGAUGAUAAGGAGGUGCUGAAAUUGGUAAUUGCUGCCCGAGUGCUGGGCAAGGGCAAGGGAACACCAAUGCUGCGUACCGGUAUACAUUGCAUAGGUGUGGAAAAGGACGAGGAGUCGGAGGCUUCAGAUUUUCCAGGUUUCAGCAAGGGCUCAUAAAUUCAGAAGUGUUGUGAUGGAGGAGGAGCAGGAGGAGAAGGAAAAAAGUGGAGCAGGAGGCCAUUUUGUCUGCCGAUGCAUUCAGAGCGAAUGCAAAAGCUUUGAUUAAUUAAUUAAUUAUUAAUGAAUAAUAAAAAAUAAAUCGGGUAUGUGAUGGAAACUAAGGGCCUGUUUAUAUAGUUUGAAUGAAAAUUAAUGCUAAAAACACCAAUUCCAAGAGUGUUUUAGAAAUGUUUGUAUUUUCCAAAUUUGAAUAUAAAUCAAAACAUUGAAAAAAUACACAUAAAAUUGCUCUUCUUUCGCAGUCAAUUUCUAAUUGAUUUAAAUAAAUAAAUUGUAAAUCCGUUCAAAGUGUCAUGACUGGAAAAUGUUUUUGAAAAUGUUAUUCAGGAUCUACAAACGGAGAAAUGAGUUCUUGGCAUCGGGGAUAUAGGGUUUUUUCUUGCCCAAAAAAAUCAGUUUUUCUGUUUAAAUGUUGAAAUUGUUUGAAUGUUGUUAUUCAUCUAAAUUUUUAUGACAACUUGAACCGAUUUGUUUUCCAUUACAUACCCGUAUAUGUUUUUUCUUUUUUUGUUUUCUUUGCUUAGUUUGUAAGUAAUCCCCUUUGUAAGUGGCAUUUCUUUAACUAAACUCGAUCGUGCCUAUGUUCAAAAAAUUUAAAAACGAAAAAUAAAACAUUAAAUUUUAUUACAAAUAUUACUAAAUAAUAAUAAUAAUAAUUAAAAACUCCAAUAGAAUUUGUAUUUUUCAAAUCUAUAUAACUACCAACUCCCAAUGUGGGCAUCCGACCAAAAUUGCAAAUUGCCAGAUAUUUAUAACUUAAGAGCAUUUGUUUUAAUAUUUUUUUUUUCUCUCAGUCUAACUUUGUUAUACUUCUUCAAUGGAAAUCAUAAAUAUAUUCUCCAUACAUUGGAAGCAAUGUCAAUGAAAUAGCCAAAACAAAGAACUGCAAUCCCUUCUUGGAUUGUUAAAAGAGUAAAUAUUUUAAACACAGACUAAAAUAGAAAAACAAAAAAACAAACAGCUAUUGGGAACAAGUGAACAUUUAAAUGUAUUAAAUAUAUAUAACUAUAAUAUUAAAAUAAAUACUUUUAAUUCUGUUUAAAAUAUUUUAAUUUAAUUUACAUAUUUCAAUCUCUGUAAGAUUUAUUUUUGUUAAUAAAUAUUAUAAAUAAAUAAUGCCUAUUCUCAAGCACCAAACAUAAAUACAUCACAAAACUGUUAUAUUUUUGUCUGUUUAAAUUGCUGUAUCCCGAAUGAAUAAAAUUUUAACUAUUAAUAAAUGAAAUAACACAUAUUCCUUUUAAAUAUUAAAAAACAGCACUUUGAAACAAUUUUUUUGUGAGAAUUUUUCCCUUUCCCUUUCCCUUUUUUUGUUUUUUUUUUUUUUUUGAUUUGAUGAACAAUGAACAACGUCCGCUUUUAUACCCUACACCACAUAGAGGUAAGGGUAUUAUGUCUUUGUGAAUUGGUUUGUAACAUAGAGAAGGAAACAAGAUAGACCCAUAGUUACUUUUGAGGAUCUUUAUAGAAUCACUUUCUGAGUCGAUUUAUUCAUGUCACUCCGUCUGUUCAUGUAUUCUUGUGAAAAAAAAUGUAGGCUGCAUUUAUUAUCCGAUUGAGAAGAAAUUUUCCAAACAAUAUUUAUUUGGCCCAAGGACGAACCCUAUUGGAAUUGAUUAUAAUCAUAUCCGAUUUUGAUAUAGCUCCCAUAUAUCUUCAACUGAUUUUGGGUUAAUUGUGCAACAAAUGUCCAAUAUAAGUUAAAAUGACCUGACCUUUGGCAGAUUCCACUGAAUUCUGUCUAGAAGCAAGUAAAUCAAAUUUGGUAAUGGUCGGUUCAAAUAUAGCUGUUGCUCCCAUUUAUAUGUAUCAUCCGAUUUGGGUUUUUAAGUCCCUCAUACGCGUAAUAUGUACUCCACAACAAUAAUCUUUGCUACCAGCUGUCAGAUACAGCUCGGCUCCACUCCACUUUUGACCUUUCCUUACUGGUUAUUCACUACUGAGUGUGCGAAUCACACUUUGAACCGAAUAUGUCAUUUUGGAAAGAACUUAAUAUAACUUCUGUGCUAAUAAGAACAACCUCCCACUAAGAGACUUCCCUGUGUGUUUAAUGAUUUAUGUAAAGUUAUGUAUAUGUUCUUAAAGCUUAUGUUCAAUUAUAUAUCUGCUUAGAGUGACUUCAAAAAUUGUCAAAAGUUCUCAGAAAUAAAAGUUUUCAAAUCAUUUUGUGUGUGAGCUUUGGAUUUUAUCUAAUUUUUAUGUACAAUUAAAUUGAACUUUGAUACAGGGUUAUGUGGUUGAAAAAAGUCAUAACACUAAUAUACAUGUGUGGUACAACUAAAACUGUUGGAUGAAGAUGUAUCACUGCCUUUUUGAUGAUCUUGAAAUUUGGCGUUUUACUUGGGACUUCAAGAAAAAAGAUGGGUAUGUUAAUUGUGUUAUAACAAGAACCAUCAUAAUAAUGAUUUCAACUGGAUGAGUAUUUGUUCAAAAAGAAAAAUAUACAAAAUCAUGAGCAUACUUUUAGGCGAAAAAAAAAAAUCAAUAACAAUUCUAUAUCUGCUGCAAAUAAUCUUUCCUUUAGAAUUUAGACCGAGUUCAGAAAUAGUUUACUUCCUUCUUAGUAUAGGAAGUAUAUCUGGGUUGAUAAUUUCAAGUCUUUUUACGACCAUAAAGUUUGUUUGCUGGUCCAGGUGAAGAAUAUUUUUUUUUUUGUAUCAUCGCUAAGUUGAUUAUUAGUUUUAAGUUGCGCAGCUACACGGGAGUUGGUAGCUGCUUCACUCGGAGACCUUUGAUCCAUUGGGUUCAUCCUAGGAAGAAUAUUUAGCGAUGAUAGGAAAGGAAAAGGUGUGGUGAUAAAACAAAGAAAGUUUUGUGAGACUAGAGCCGGUUUUUGAACCGGAACCAUUGUUAUGGUAAUAUUUUGAUGAUAAACCCCAAGUUUUCAAUCGGCAACUAAUGAUGGAAAAAAAAAUGUUGGCUUUUGCUUACAAAAGCGAUAGUCGUGCCCUUUUUCAGGCUUUGGUAACGAUAAGGGCACUUACUUUAGUGAUAUACUCGACUCCUGACACACCCAACAUAUUGGAUUCCGUUCCGGCUCAACACUCACUCGGUGAUAAACCAUCAGAAGAAUGAGACGGAGCUCAGUUAGUCAGUCUUGAUUUCUUGAAUAAUUUGUUUGUUUUGUGUUUUUUAACUCUAGUUCAGUUCGCAGAUUUUUGAAAUUUUAUUUCCAGAGGUAGGUAUUUGUAGACUUAUUUUUAAUUAUGUUUGUCCACAAAGGUUAGAGUGUCAGCUAUAAUUUGCUUUAUAAAGGGUACACAAUCUAGCGGCUUUUUCAAUUUGAAUAUCAUGGUUAUAUUUUGGAAGAAGAGAAGCACCCUCAGCAUUUGGGGCAUAUCCGUGAGCAUGCAUUGAAAAGCAGAUGCACCCAAAACGAAUCAAUGUUUGGUGCAGAUUUUGAUCCAGGGCCAUAAUUGACCAUUUUUGAUGUGAAACAAGGAGUGUUUGUUACGUUAUAAGUCCCUAUAGGUGAACGUUCUUGUAUUCACAAAAAUUAAAGAGAAGGAUAUUGGCCACAUUUGGCAUGCCACACUGCUGAAGCUUUACUCGGAUUUUCAAAAAAAGGUAUUUGGCGGACACUUCUUAUAAUGGACCGUAUUUCGACUUUUGUGGAGUUUCCAAAAAAAAUCAGGUCGACAAAAUGUUAAUUUUGAUAUAACUCAAGAACCCUUUAUUAGUUAGGUAUCUUCAUAAGCUCCAAAUAAUGCCGGUUCUAUCCCGGAUCUUGACUAUCGGGUCAAAUGUUCGAAUAUCCGGUCCCACCCAAUAAACGUCUAUUUUAUUUUGAUAGGAAUUUAAAAGAAAAAUCGAUGUGUCUUUACUAGAGAAUACUAUAGAUCUCUUAUAAAAUCUACUGAUCUCUUUUUAAAAUGUAAAGUUUUCUUCACAUUGUUAUAAUUUUGCACCAAUUCUUUUUACUUGAUAAAGUUUUUUAAUCUAUUAAAAGAAAGUUUUAAUUAAAUUGAGUAUUAUUUUUCUUAACUUCAUUAAUUUACUAAAAAAAACAAUUUUUAAAAAUUAAAUAUUUAAUCACAUAUAUACAAAAGCUGUCACCCUAAUGUACAUGUACAUCUCUAAACCACAAGCCGUGCCACACAAAAAUUAUUGCACCUGAUAUUAAAUAAAUACAUAUGAAUGUAAAUUUUACACUCAAAAUACACCCACAUCUGUAGUACGCUCAGUAGCUAACAAAUCUUUAGAAGAAAACAUGUGUGAAAAUAAAAAUUAAAUAAUGAAAUUGAUUGUAAAUAUUAUUUGUAAUAAUUUUGGCUCUACAAUAAAUAAAUAACUAUUUCAUCAACUUCUUAUAUAAAUUGUUUUACUUUGAAAGGAUAGCAAAUUGAAUGACGAAAUAUAUAAAACAUAAUAUGAAAUAGGAUUAAAUGGUGUUUGGUUCGGAAAGACCCAAUUUUAAUAAUCGUCAAAAUAAUGUAUACUCCAGCCACCGGUUAAAAUUUUCAAAAUGUCAAAAAUCGGUCAGUAUCGCUUUAUGAUGAAAUUUAUUGAUUAAUAUUAAAAAACUGCUACAUUAUCUUCUUUCCGUCUACACCUUAAAAAAGCUCUUAAGACAAUAAAACGUUUCGACAUAAAAGGUAAUAAUUCUCAAUCAAACAGAUGAAUCCAAAUCCAAAAGAUGAAUAAAAUGUUGUGAUUGCAUCACCCAAGCUGUCAAGUGCUUGGAUUCCCAGGUGUUGAUUAGCCACCUAUCAGUCUAGCAACCAACAAUAAUAGACAGCUGUCAGCACAGGGUGAGAUAAAAAAAUUGCAACCAACUUCAGACUGCUGUCAUUUCCAAGCCACUCGUCCGACAACUGUUAAAAUUAUUCCAGUGACAGAUUAUUAUAUUCUUUACAAGCGUACAAAAGCAUUUUGUUGACAAUUUUCCAGAAAAAAAAGUUAUUCGUGAUGGAAUUCACGCGUGAUAGUGUGAUUUCUUUAUAUUUGGCUGGAAAACUACAAGUGGAUAUCGUUAGAACACUCCAGCAUUUAAAUGUGAAUAAAUCUUUUGUGUCUCGUACCAUCGCUCGUUACCGUGAUACGUAGUCCAAAGUUAAGGAAAUGGGCGGAAGAAAACAACAACAUCACCCGAAAUGGUUCGAAAAGUAAAGAAGCGACUUGAUCGAAACCCGCGUCGCAGUGGACGGAAGAAAACAGCAACAUCAGCAGAAAUGGUUCGAAAAGUUAAGAUGCGACUUGAUCGAAACCCGCGUAGCAGUGACCGAAAAAUGGCUCGUGAUUUGAACAUAUCGCAAUAUUCCAUUCGGCAAAUAUUGAUUAUUGAUAUUGGUUGGCCACCAGAACUCAAGCGCUGGCCAUGAUGAUGGUGUGGGCUGCCAUAACCGUCGAUGGUCGCUCUCCGCUCGUAUUAAUCGACUGUGGCAUCAGAAUAAAUUCCGAAUAUUAUCGCGAAAAUGUUCUGGAGGGUAUAUUAAAGUCUUGGGCACGCAAACAUUUUGGCCGCAGACGUUGGACAUUCCAACAGGACUCAGCACCAUCGCACUCAGCACGCGCCACCCAAAAAUAGUUACAAAAUGAGGUUCCUUCCUUAAUUUCCACAAUGGCCACCAAAAUAUCCGGAUACCAAUCCGUUGGACUAUUGUGUCUGGAGUAUUUUGGAAAGUAAGGUUGGCACUUAAAAAUACCAAGCAAACACUUAGCCGGGAAUGGGCCAAAAUACCGCAGAGCAUCAUUCGGGCAGCGUGUGACGGUUUCAUUGGCCGUUUGAAGGCCAUAAUUCGUGCCAAAGGUGACCAAUUCGAACAAAUCUAAACUCCAUCUAAAAUUUGAUGCUAUUUCCGACAUUUUUUGCUUUCAUUCAAUAAAAUUUUGAUAGUGACAUUUAAACUGAGCUUUAACUUUGAAGAUGAUUUCCGGAGGAAAUCGAAAUAUUGGGUGAUUAAAAAAGGAAAAAUUGAAAAAUAAAAAACCUUAAGCCAAACAAUGAACCUUCUUCUUUCUCUUAAGGUGGCACAUCAUCAUAGCUAUGCCAUCACAUAGCCUUAAUACCAACUUUGAGUGUAAAGGCUGUGUGAUGGCACCGCUAUGAUGAUAUGCAUUAAUAUACCUACAUAUUUAAAUAAUACAACAAUAUUUAUAUACUUUUUCCAUAACAAGAACUAAAUUAUAUUUAUUGCCAUUUUUUUCACAAAAUUGUAUAACAAUAUAUAAAUUUGUUUUGUGUGUGUGUAUGUGUGUUUUACAAAAUUUUCACUUGUGUUUCACAACUUAAUUAUUUUUAGGCUUAAUAAGAUUUGCGCAGUAUUAUGAAUCUACAUAAAAUACGAAUAGCAAUUAUGAUAUAAUUUAAGGAUACAGAGAAGCUCAGAACCUUAGAAUUUACAAAAAAAAUAA